AUGGAGAAUUCUCGGCUAGGCUUCCGGUUUCACGAUUAUCUUGAAAAUGUCAUGACAAUUGGUGCUAAAGGAUGGUCUCUCAUGGCGGUCUGCAUACACUACAUCGGUCCAGAUAAGAGCUUUUUAGCUCUAUAUGAGACCAAGAACCAUCUACAAAGGCAGAUGUUCCUCAACCUAGGUCGUCGAGCUCUCAGCACUCCUCCAGAAGAAGGGAGGAAACUUGGUCGAGCAUUUGCCUCAAACCAUGCAGAGCAUUUCGCUACAACAUGGCGUACAAUGUCCAAAGACUUUUGGGAAAUCCCGUAG